UUCCUUUGUUCUUUCACUCUCAGAAAAAGAAGGUUUCGUUUUUAAUCUUGUCAUCUUCUUUCUUUCUUUCUCACUAUCUCUCUCUUUCUCUUUCUCUCUUUCGUCGUUUAGAGGGGGUUCAGGGCAAAAAUGGCGUCGUUAUACGCUCAUUUUCCCGCCGCGGGGAAUGCUUUUUCGGGAUCGAAUUCUGUGGUACCGGCGUCGUUAUACGUCGGAGACUUACACCCUAGCGUCACCGAAGGUACACUCUACGACGCGUUCGCCCAGUUUAAGAGUCUAACCUCUGUUCGUCUCUGUAAAGACUCCUCUACUGGUCGUUCGCUCUGUUAUGGUUACGCUAACUUUCUUUCGCGUCAGGAUGCUUACCAUGCCAUCGAGAAAAAGAAUCACAGUAUGUUGAAUGGAAAAAUGAUUCGAGUCAUGUGGUCAGUUCGAGAAUUUGAUGCUCGGAACAAUGGGGUUGGAAAUGUCUUUGUUAAGAAUUUGCCUGAAUCAGUCAACAAUGCGGGUUUUCAAGGUAUGUUCAAGACAUUUGGGGACAUUGUAUCCUGUAAGAUUGCUACAUUUGAAGAUGGAAAGAGUCGGGGCUAUGGUUUUGUUCAAUUUGAGCAAGAAGAUGCUGCACAUGCUGCUAUUGAGAAGUUGAACGGUACCAUUGUUGCGGAUAAGGAGAUGCUGCAUAUAUGUAACAAACAUCAAUGUAAAUGUAACUGAGGAGGAGCUGAGAAAACACUUUAGUCAAUGUGGCACAAUCACUUCUGCAAAGCUAAUGUCUGAUGAGAAAGGAAAAAGCAAGGGGUUUGGAUUUGUGUGCUUCUCAACACCUGAAGAAGCUAUUGAUGCUGUGAAAACUUUUCAUGGGCAAAUGUUUCAUGGGAAACCACUUUAUGUGGCUAUUUGCUCAAAAGAAGGAAGAUAGGCAGAUGCAAUUACUGUUGAUCGAUAAUUGAGUUUAUGUUAAAGUCGUGACUUUUAGAUUAAGUUGUGUCGUUUGAUUAAAGAACUACAAUACACAAAUGUUCACAUGUUGUGUCUGUUUGCUUACUAUAUAAACUUAUUGUAUCGUGGAUGUAAAAUUACAG